UUUGGGGACCCCCCCGCCAUCCCCCCCCGCCACCCCCCCCCGCCGGGAGCGCGCGCGCCGCAUUGUGCCGGGGGCGCGCGGGGAUGGGGGGGGCGGGGGCGCGCGCGGCCGCCGUCGGGGCCGCGCCUCGGGGGCUCCCCUUGUGUGUGUGCCUGCGCGGAGCCGCGGCCGCAGCGCAGCCCAGCCGGCCGCCAUGGAGGAGCUGAGCAGCGUGGGAGAGCAGGUCUUCGCCGCCGAGUGCAUCCUCAGCAAGCGGCUCCGCAAGGGCAAGCUGGAGUACCUGGUGAAGUGGCGAGGCUGGUCCUCCAAGCACAACAGCUGGGAACCUGAAGAGAACAUCCUCGAUCCAAGGCUCCUCCUCGCUUUCCAAAAGAAGGAACACGAGAAAGAGGUGCAGAACCGGAAGAGAGGCAAGCGACCCAGGGGCAGGCCCAGGAAGCACGUGGAACCAGAGAUGCCUCCAAAAACCAAGUCAAGUAGCUCCUCCUCCUCAACAUCCUCCUCUUCUUCUUCCUCUGAAGAAGAGGAUGAAAGUGACCUGGAAGCGAAGAGAGGUCCUCGAGGCAGAGAGACUCACCCAGUACCUCAGAAGAAAGCCCAGAUCCUGGUUGCAAAGCCAGAUACGAAAGACAGUUCCCGAAAGAAGCGUGGACGGAAACCUCUUCCCCCGGAGCAGAAAGCAGCUCGACGGACCGUGAACCUGACAAAAGUGCUAAAAACGUCGCGGAAGGAGGCGGGCGGCAGCGCCAAAUUGAUGGGGAAAGUGCAGCCCCAGCACAGCGCGCAGGGCGCGGGGAUCGCCGUGCUGAAGGACGCCCCGGGCACGCUGGCCGGACUCAGCUCGGCGUCGUCCGCGGAAAACCUGCCCAGCAUGAUGAAGAGCGGUUCCACGAGCCCGAGCCGGGCCAUCAGCUGGCAGAGCUCGAUCGUGCACUACAUGAACAGGAUGUCCCAAAACCAGAACUCGGCGGAGACCUCACCCCUGGGCAGGCUGGCGCUGAAGUCACAGGCAUCCAGUAAGAGCGGCUUAGGGUUGGACUUAAAAAUGAGGAACCAGAAAGGGUCUGGGGAGCUCGGGCUGAACAUACAGGGACCCAAAACUGCUAAGGGUCCUAGCGGCGGUGCUGGGGGGGACCAGAAAUCAGGGUUUGCUGCAGGAGCCCAAAUACUACACAACGGCAGCAAGGCGCCCGUGAGUUCAUCUGUUCCUGGCAGCCAGUUGGCGUCCAGUCAGGAGCUGAACCUCCAAGCCUUAAACUUGCAGAGUGUCAAAAACGGGCAGAAUCCAGCCGGCGGAAGCAGCCUCUCUCGUCACGUUUGCAACGCUCUCUCCAAAAGCUCCGGCAGCACGGCUGCGAGCAUGGGUGCUGCCAUCGGGAAGGGUGGCGGAGCGGGUGCCGGACUGAAUGUUACGAGCAGCGGGGUGCUCUCGGGGGGGGACGGCUGCAAGGGCGACAAGCAAGCACACAGGGCAGUCGCUGGCGAGAGGGACUCGGCCAAAAGUGGUGCAGCUGGCAUGCCAGAGGGGCACGCAGCCGCGGAGAACCGCAAGCCAGGAGCCCUUUCUGAAGUGAGCACGGGCGAAGAGACCAGCUCGGAUUCCGAUCGGGAUUCUGCUUCCUUCCCUGGCGUGGGGCAGAACAUGUCCGUUUCGAUCCAGACCAGCCAGGACUGGAAGCCCACCCGCAGCCUCAUCGAGCACGUCUUUGUCACAGAUGUCACAGCUAACCUGAUCACAGUGACAGUCAAGGAGUCCCCUACCAGCGUGGGUUUUUUCAACCUACGGCAGUACUGAGCCAGGGAGCGCGAGACGAGAGAGAAGGUUCCUUCAGCCUCUCCCUUAGCUUUGCCCAGCUCUCCCAUCAGGUUUUUCUUUCUUUAAGUGAAUGCCAUGUGCGGAGGUGAAAAUCCUGCCCUGCCCCUCUCGGCAGCCGGCCGGGAGCAGUGCCUUUGUAUUCUGCAAUGAGGCGUCCUGUGCUGCAGCCGGUGCUGUCUCGGACGCUGUCUGUAGCAUCUUGGAGACCUCCUGAGACCUCCUGAGACUUGUGUUCAGGGGGGCUAAGAAGAAAGCUGCAGUGAAACCUGUUCAGAACUGCCAGGGAACAAGAUGGAUUCCGCCUUGCUUUUUCUUCCUCCUCCUUUACAGCAGGUGCCCCCAGAUGGGGUGUAAUUAUUGCCAUUCCCCAGACGCAGAGGUGCUCGUGCUGCUGGGAGGUGACAGGCUGGCACGUUUCGAGCCAGGUUUCACUGUACCUGGUUUCUUUGCUUUACAGCUUGAAAUGGCAGAACACAAGGUUUGCAGCUCUCUGGCAGUAGCGAGGGGUGUGGAGAUGCUGUGUAACAGGCUUAUACUCGGAAGAGGAAAAGGAGUUCCUUUUCUUUCCUCUAGGCUCUCCGUGAAGCUGUCUGUGAGCCGUUAGGACAGUCGCAAGUCAAUCCAAAUGAGACAGCCAAUGUCCCCCGCAUGCAGAGGGCUGCUGGGGGGUAGCUGUAGUAUGGGGGUUUUUCAGGGUACAUUAAGCCCAGCCGCCCUCCUGGGCUAGGUCAGUUCCAAUGAUGGUGAAGUCCACAGCGUUUCUGUUGUGAUUUCCAGCUGAUAUGGAUCUAUUGUUUACAUUUUUUAUUAAAAAAAAAUCGUUUUUUUGGAGGGAGGGGAAUAAACUCGGCCCUCACCGUCUCGGAAGGACGGAAUCCUGGAUGCCCCUGACGAGACACGGCGUCAAGGGCAGCUCUCGCAGAGCGGCGGGGGGCCGCAGGAGAUGCCUCCUUGCUGCCCGGAGUGGGUCCUCGCUCGGAAGGGGGAGAGCCAGCGUGAGCUGCUCCUUUCUUUGCAGUGACUUGGCUUUCAGAUGAAAGAGCAGCCCGAGUCCAGAAGAUUAAUUGUUGUACAGCCCAGUGAGCCUCAGAGCCACUCCUCUGCCUUGUCCCAGCAUCGCUACCAUUUUACCUCCACAUUCAGCAGUUUCCAGGCACUUGCAGGGAUCAAGUUGGGGAUGGUUUUUUUUUUUUUUUUUUUUAAAGUCCUGCAGAACAUGCAAACGCUCCUGACGGUGAUCAGGCUGUUACUCGGACUUGCAGUUGUCUUUGAGGUUAGUGCUGAAGCUCAGCUAAAAACCAGAGCUUGCGAAGAGACGGGGGGGUCGCCGAGCUCCUGCUGCUGGCAGGCCGGGGCCCCCGCGGAGGCCAGCUGGGCUCGGCACUGCAGGCAGGUCGCGCGCCUCGGCCGCUUGCGGGGUUUCGGUUAUGCUGAUCGUUUACCUUUCUCUCCAACCGGAGGGCUCCGAAGCCGGCGGAGGACAACACGUGCCCAGGUUGUCUGGAGCAGCGGGACGGGACGGGGAGCAGAGGCUGAGCAGGAACAAAGGCCCCGGGAAGGGCAGCCGGAGUCGCCCGCGGCUCCCACCCUCGGCCGUUCCCCGAGGAGCAGCAGGGCCUUCUGCAGCCGUUCUCCUUUGUCUUUCCAUCCUGUGCCAGCAGCAGGGUUGUUAAUUUUGGCUUGUAAUUGCAACCAAUAAUGGCUUUUUUACUGAGGUCUUUUUCCCUAUUAUAGAUUACUCUUACAAGCCAAAAUUAACAGCACUAGUUCAGACAAAGUUCAGUAGCAUUUGAGGUCAUUUUCUUUUAUUUCUGUUAAUGCUCAGCUCCUUUUUCAGAGAAGAGAAAAUGCCUGCGAUCUGUCAGGUCUCUCUGGAUACGUAAUUUGGAAGUGCCUCCCAAGGUCUCUGCUGUAAGUGUCUCCCGGGGGGGUGUCCAGUGCGUCUGCCUGUUUAGCUACUGCUUCCGUGUGGAUCAUUCGCUUUCUAGCUCACUGAUCUGGCGCAAGGACAUGCAUCUUAUUUUGCCACAGACUGGGGCACUUGUAGUAUUGGUACAGAGCGAUGCAGCGAGGUAAAUGGACCAAACUAGGGGUACACGUAUUUCUGAAACCCUUGCGUCCGUCAGACACUGCGGUCAGGUUGGAAAUGCUGCCUCCCAGGCUGCUGGCUCGUGGCCGUGCAACUCUCAGGUGGAAGGAAAGCUCAGCAGUGGUUGCACUUGCUGCUUGGUUGUUAAAGGGAUGGUUGUUCCCCGAGUGGUAGCUGCAGCCAUUGCCAGGAAAGACUCCUGUGAUCUAGAAACAGUUUCCUUUAGAUUUUGUAUUUAUUUUGCAGCCCUCCUGUUGGUCACGGCUUUGGUUUUGUUGUCUUAUGGAGCCUAAGUUUGGGGUCCUGCAUGAGUUGACAGCAUGCCUUCCAUUCGGCGGCGGGGGUGUAUUUUUGCCUUUGAACAGCGUCUGUGUAGACUGCUUGGGAGUCUUCAGUUCUUCUCUUGCGCAGCCUCCCAGCCUUGAAUGUCACUUCGCCGCUGUGUCAGCCUGCUUGGGGCUAGAGGGCUUUGCAUCCAGUUGCCUGCAAAAGGACUUGUGCAGCCUUGAGUCCGCAGCUGGCUGCACUUCCCCGAAACGUGCUGUGCUUGGCUUUGGGAGGCAAAGGGCCACGUGGAAAGAAAUGAGCAUUGUCCAUGAAGGAGGUUCCCGAAGGACCAGGUCUCCUUGGAACUCCGUGAUGCCAAAAUGUCGCAGUCUGUUCUGUUUACCUUGUAGUUUUUAACGUUACCAAACAAACUACAGUUGCUUUGAGAAGUCCAAGGAAAUGUUAGUCUGUGGUUGCAGAACUGAGCGCUCCAGGCACGGCCUUCGCUAGGUGUUCUCUCGUGCUGGGGACAUGAGCGUCUGCAGGGAAGAACCAAGGGAUUGCCGGGGUCUCGGAGGAAAGCCUGGCUCCCUUCCCCACUCACCAAAUAUUUGCUAGUUGGCCUUUCCUUUGCAAAUCCAAACUGAAUGACAAUGUGCCUUUUGGAACUGUCCUUAUUUCAGGCUUGUCUGUGGCGUUGGUCCCGUGACAGGUUUGUGCCUAUGCAAAGCUGGGUGGCCAUGGGGUCCCGCGGGCAGCUGCGACGCCGACGGGCAGAGGCGCUCCCGGUCCUCGGUGUGGCAGCCGGCAGUCCCGCGGGGCCCUCCAGCGCUGCAGGAGCCGGUCGAACGCUCCCGGAGAAGACGCGGGCUCGGCAGGGAUGCUCUUGCUGAGAAUAGGAUGUGGGGGCUGGUGCGUCCAAGCAACCCGCCAAAGUGCUGGGGGGAGAAAAAAGCCUUUGAGGAUGGUCUUGGAAAGGGUCAGGCCCUGAGAGUCCGUAACGAGGGACGGAAACGAGAGGCGGUGGCGGCGGGGCUCGCGGCUGAGCCGUGGCGGUGCGAGGGGGCUGGGCCGGCCCGCAGGGCCCCGGCGCUCCGCGGGAAGCCCCGAGCUCCCGGCGCUGCAGGUGCGCUGCGCUCGCCGCAGACCCGCCCGGAGCGGGCUGCUCCCUCCAGAGCACCCUGCAACAACUCAGACACGUUUUCCCAUCCGCUGGCUCCUUCGGGGCCAAAGUGAAGUUUCCCAGGGCCCUGGGCUUGUGCCCGGGAGGCCGAACAUCUCGGCAGCGAGUGGCUUUGUUCUUCGUCGCCCGCCGUCCACAGACGUUUCCUCUCUCGGUGGCGGAAGGGCUCUGCUGUUUCCCACUCUUGCUAUUGUGCCUUUCUGUUAACCAGCAGGUUUGAUUCCAAAGUUUUAAGGAUGGUGAAAAUGAUAAUCCAGAAAUUUCGCUAAACUUCAUCUCAUCCUGUCCUUCCCCAACCCCCUUUCCGACCUCACGUUUCAGGAUCUCGCCUCUCCCAGCACCGCUGGUGUGUGUUUGAGUGAGUUUCACGCUGAAGUUUGCCUCUCAAAGGCACAUUAUGUGAGUAACUUAAUGUAAUCUUUUGUGGACAGAGGUUGAAAGCUGGUGCAAAGUGUGUUUACCAGUCAAUACCAUUAGUAUUCAAGGUCUACCGUUUUUAUUUUUUAUUCUUUUUUAAGUUUGCUGCUAUGGGUUUGAGUGUUUAGCUGUAUGUCAAACAGCCAAUUAAAGGUUUGUCACUUGUCAUUUUCUAAGGGGUUUCCGAUGUGGAAAGUCCUGCAGUAUUUGUAUAUUGAAUGGAUAUUUUCUCCAGGCAUAAUCUGGUUAAGUAUACUUGUUGUUUUCCAUUGGACUGGAAGAGGUGGCCAAUUCAGUCAUCUUCCUUAGAAGUUUAGUAUAUUUUUAUAUAUAUAUUUUGUACCAAAAAACUGGAGUUUGUGGAGGAUUGGGGAUGGUUUGGGGGGGUUGUUUUGCUUUGAGUUUCUGAUCUGGGUGUGAAGGGCUCCGGAGCUGGAGAGAGAAGGUUUUUACUGAAAGAAAUUGAGGGAUGGAUGAAAACAAACAAUUGUUCUUGUAACUUGUGCCAGUCACUGGUCUGAUUUGUAUGUUUUAAUUAAAGAGAGAGCCAAAUCGUUCCUGUAUGACACUUAUAAUUGCUUUAAACUACAGCUGUUUGUUUGCUUUUAUUUUCAGAGAACAAAAGUUGGAGAUGUUAUUACCCUGGGAAAGCUUAAGUCCUUUGUUGGGGCAGGACAGCCGCCCAGCCCGCACCGUAACGAGGGGCUGCCCUGGCCCGAGCCUUGACUUGCUCGCGUUUUGUGAUACGUGUUUUCUAGUACUUUGGGACGUUAACGCUAGUUUAGACUCGAGACCUCUAGGCUGCUCCUAAUUUAUUUCGCAGGAAAACACUAGAAGAUGGUAUGUCAGGCGUUUUCUUUUUGUAUAACUUUUCCACUGCUGUUUUUUUAGUAUAUCAAUAAAUAUUUUUUUAAACUUUC